GUAAAUAAGUAUCCAUCCGAAAAUCCGAAGAUAGAAAUUAUGAGACGUAAAUAUGUGUAGCGAGAAACACAAUCUGGAAAUAUCUCUUGCUACCCCAAGUUGUUAUCGAAAGUGGAUACGAGACAGAAACCAUGACACUGUUCCAUGAAUUCGGUGUUAUGCAAUGCAGGACCAAGGACCAAACACUUUUUAUCUUCAAUCUACAUACACUCCACAAAGCAGAGCUGGGAUUGGUUGGUGAGGUGUCUUUUUCCAUGAUCUGUAUCAGAGAGAAAGUGUGGUGAACUGUGGGCAACUACCUUUACAAAACAGGGAAACAAAACAAUGGAAAUUUCCUGUUAUGACUCGGUUUAAUGAGGGAAAGACCAAGUACAAGUGGCUUCUUUUAGGACCAUUGAAAAAGAUAAAAUAAGUGCAUGUGCAAGUGGAACUUGGUGCAGUUCUUCCAAAAAGCCCCAACAAGAAAACACCCACGUAGAUGCAGUGGUUCAACAGGGGAAACUGUUCUGAAAUAGCAAUGGACCUAGCUAUGUACUGUUUGCAACUUUUUACAACCAUUAUUGGAAAUAAGAAGGGUACUGUUCUUCCCCACAGAACAUCAAAUCCAAAAGCAAUGAAAAGCCAACCCAACCCUACAUGACAUAUGCUUAAACUCAGAAGUCAGAUCCUACUUUCACUAUCAAAAGGAAUAUAAAAGGUGGGAAAUAAAGAAAUGAAUUAAUAUAGCAGUGAGCUAAGUGGAUAACCAUGACAUAUGCUUAAUCAUGAAUGCUUAAACCCCAUCACAUCUAAUACCUAUCCUACUAGAGGGAAAAGUAUAGCAUAUAGGAUGGUGUUAGGAGCACACAUGGCAGGCAGUUCAAAUAAAAUGAGAUUUGAUUUUGACAAGAGAUGGAAUGAUUUAGCAUUGUCAAACUUAUAUUUCUAUGGGUAUUCCUAAGAUAGCCAAGAAAUGAUAGAACUUUGUAAGGAGAAAAGAGGAAAAAGAAAAGAUGAUAGUGGGGAAUCCGAAGCCUGAAGGGAGCCAACAGUGAGAUGACAUAAGCAUUGUUCCCUACAGAACCAAGCAUCAACAGGUGGGGUUACUGAUUCGGAUGACAAAAAAUUAAAAACAUCCCAUCUCACUUCCAUUACACUUUGAUACCCCUUUCGGUUAGUUUUUCUGCUUUUGAUCUAAACUUAAAAGGACUCCAAUGAGCCUUUUUUCAUGUAUUCAAAUUCAACUCCCCUUGGUCAUCAGAGAUAUCAGAGAAUUUAGGGGAAAUGAUGAUCGGAGAAGAUGAAACAAUCGUAUCAACAGCCAAAGAACAACCAGUUGAAGUGAUGAACGGAGAAAAGGACAACUAUGGAAGUGAAGAUGACAACCCCAAAGAGUGGUUGAACCUGAACAUAGGAGGCACUUCACUCUCAACUUUUGGAGACCCCGAUUUUCAAUCAAGACCAGCCACUGCAAAAGUUUUUUCAUGCAACUUCUGCAUGAGGAAGUUCUUCAGUUCACAGGCAUUAGGAGGUCAUCAAAACGCUCAUAAAAGGGAAAGGGGAGCUGCAAGAAGGUACCAAUCUCAGAGGUCGAUGGCAAUGAUGGGCUUCUCCAUGAACACACCAACUAUGCUUCGAUCACUCGGUGUCCAGCCCCAUUCACUCGUGCACAAGCCAUGCAGAGGUGGUACUGUGGUGGCACCCAGCUUCCAUGAUGCACGUGCAAGGCUUGGGAUGGCUUGGACGCCUUUCUCGUCAGAGGAUCAAAGAGAUCUGGUGUGGCCAGGUAGCUUUCGCUUGGUUCCACAACAGCCACAUCCAUCACAGGAGCCACUUAAGCUUGAUUUAGACCUCAGACUCUGAUAGUUGUUGGCCUCACCUUUGAGCUUUAUCAUCUUUUUUAGCCUCUAGAGCCUGAUCUUUAACCUAAGGAGGGGAAAAACACAGGUAGAAGACACUUGACCUGGAAGAGUCGAUAACUAUUAUGAUGGUACAGCAUAGUAUGUGCUAGGAGAUUUGUAGUUUCCACUGUCUAUAUUUGACAUGUUAAGCACCCGAAACCCAAAUUAUGACACCCUGGCUAUCUAUUUCACUUCUUUUUAGUUUUGA